GAGCAAUUUAUCAACAACGUAAUUAACCUCACUAGUCGUUAUAAAGAUGAACUCUUUAGUCGACAACAUAUCAGACCAUUCGAGGACCAUAAUACAUUUAGAUCUAGACUGUUUUUACGCUCAGGUAGAAACUAUUAAGAACCCUAAAUAUGAAACAGUCCCAUUGGGAAUCCAACAAAAAAACAUUGUUGUUACGAGUAAUUACAUCGCUCGAGAGUAUGGGAUACAAAAAUGCAUGCUUACAUAUGAAGCAAAAAGACUUUGUCCUAAUUUAAUUUUGGUAAAUGGGGAGGAUUUACAUGACUAUCGACAGUACUCUUUUCAAGUAACGAACAUUCUACAGAAAUACUCGACUGUAGUAGAGAGGUUAGGGCUAGAUGAAAACUAUGUGGAUGUCACAAAUUUGGUGGAUGAUAAAUUAAAAUGCAGCUGUGACAAUAUCGAGGCUAUGGGACAUAUUUAUGGUGAUAUUAGUGACUUAUGUGAUUGUGGUUGUACUGUAAGGUUAAAGUUGGGCACCAUUAUAGCACAAGAAAUUAGAAACAGACUUAAAACUGAGCUUAAAUUGACUAGUUGUGCAGGAAUAGCUCACAAUAAACUAUUAGCAAAGUUGGUUGGGAGCCAACAUAAACCAAACCAACAGACUGUGAUUUUUCCAAACAGUGCACUCCAACUGAUGUUAGGUCUGUCAUCUGUGUCCUGUAUACCAGGAAUUGGAACUGCAACAGCUCAACAACUAAAUGCUGCAGGUAUACAAUCUGUAGAAGAUUUACAAAAUGUUGAAUUAAUAAGACUGAUAAGACUAUUUGGGACAGAAAAGGGAAAAGCUUUACAAAACCUUAGUUUCGGGAAUGAUACUUCAGCUGUAAAACCAUCUGGAAAACCCCAAAGCAUAGGAAUAGAGGACAGUUGCAAAUCUAUUACUGUUGAGAAAGAAGUUAAAAGUAAACUGCAGCAAUUGUUACAUAGGCUGUUAAUACUAGUGAAAGAAGAUGGAAGAUUACCAAAAACAAUUAAAUUAACUGUAAGAAAGUCUGAUAAUAAAAAUAACUUCAGCAGCAGAGAAACUAGACAGUGUAAUAUUAAUAGCACUUUAUUUGACUGCAAGAAUCCAAUUAAAAUGUCUGAAGAAAAUGAGAAUAAAUUGUUAGUAAUUAUAAUGAGAUUAUUCUCUAAAAUAAUAGAUUUAAAUAAGUCAUACCACAUAACUUUAUUAGGAUUGUCUUUUACCAAAUUUGUUGACAGACCCAAUGGUAAAAAUGUUUUAACAAAGUUUCUUACAAAGAAAAAUGAUAUUGAAGUACAAUUUCCAACAAACCUACAAAACAUUCAAGACAAAGAGUCUAGUCCUCAAGCAACUCCCUCCACAUCUAGUUUUAAUAGUGAUAGUGAGGUAGAUGUUGAACCAAGUGCAAAAAAGCACAAAGUAAAUUUAUAUAUGGCUAAAAGACGUUGUCAUUUAAGUGAUGAAUCAGAUUGUGAAUCUCCGUCUAAAUUAAGAGUGGCUGAUUUAAGACUGAGUUCAACAGAGAAUAUAGAUACAAAUCAAAAUGUAUGUUGUCCACCCAAUACAAAUGAAGCAAUUUUCAGGGAGUUACCCAGGCAUGUACAAAAGGAACUGUGGGAUGAGUACAAACAGAAUAGGGACAAGGAAGCAGACAUUUGUGCUCCACUAAAAAGAGCAAAACCAAGCAGUAUUCUCAAUUAUUUUGUGAAACAGUGAUUAAUUUUGUAAUGUUUAUUUUUUUAUGCCGUUAGAAUGUGUUAUUUAUUGGUAUUUUAUUAUUUUAGAGUUUAUGUGUUUUUUUUUAAUUUGACUGUACCCAGUCUUUUAGUUAAAACCUUAGUUUCUUAGAAAGAAUCCAUUUUUUCCAAGCUCAUCCAAAAGACUAAGGUUACUUGUGUAUCUUUUUAAACAAUACAUUAAUCAAACACCCCACACACACACAAACUCAUGUUGUUAACACAACGUAAAUAUCAAAAUGCUUUUUUUAUUGUUGUUUGUUAAUGUACUGUUGCUACUAUCACAUCGCAUCUAAAUGCGCUUUUAGUUGAUCUUCCAUGUUCAUUAUUAUUUAUAUUGUAAUGGAGGGGUUCAGGGAUAAGAACUUGCAAUAAAGCAGGUUUACCUUUUAUUUUUGUAUCUGUGAACAUAUGUUAAAUGAUUAUUGAAAUAAAAGACUAGUUUUUCACUUUUUUAAAA